AUGCAGCGUAAUCUCCAACAUGAGAAUAGGAUGGCGCGUGGUUGGAUCAGGAUACGAGGCCUAAGCCCCCGCGGACGCCCUAACCAAAAUUUCGGCUUCACGACGGUCCUUCCUUCCCCCAGCCGUCCGAAACCAGACCCACCCGGUGAUAACUUGCUGUCGAUCUGCUCAAGAGCCUGUGCAAAUUGCAGAAAUGACCUUCCGCGGUCUGGUCUACGCCCGGAGGAGAGGAUGAAGAGAGGAAGGGAGGAUUUCCUUGGCGAGCAUGCAGUCAGCGUGAAAUUAUCUCAAUCACAUGUCCUCUCCGAUUUUCGCACCCGGGAUAUCAGCCAAACCGAACUUGAAAUGCGACUGGAGUUAUAUCUAAUCAGUCUGGAAAGGUAUUCUGAAUACCACGCUGAAUAA